AGGGGCAGGGGCAGUUUCACGAGUCGCACCGGUUCCCCGCACAUUUCCGCGCUGUGCGUUUCACCGAUGAUCAAUAACCCAGAUUAGAUCUAUAAUAUCCGGUUUAUAUAAGUGAACAGACGGAGAUCCGGGUUAUUUACCGAAACUUCAUCAGGCAUUAAAAAAAAGAAAAAGAAAAAGCGCGGGCUUUUGGUGCCGGAAGUUCAGGUGGAGGUUCUGCAGCCCCGAUCCAAAGCAUCUGAACACCAUGUCAGGGGUGGAUCGGACGAAUGUGCGACUGUGUGGUGCUGUUUUUAUCGAUCAGCAUACAGACAUACUUAUCCAGAGAGCCACUUGUGUGGAACCCAUAUUGGACAAGCUUCUAAGUGUGAAUGUCAUCAAUGACGAGGAGUACCAAGACAUUAAAUCUGAGAAAACACCUCUUAAGCAAAUGAGAGCUUUACUCACGGGGCCGAUGAGAUCCAGGGGUGAUCAAGGGAAACAGAUUCUCUACAAUACUCUGAAGGAUCAGCAGCAGUUAAUGAUGGAUGACCUCGGAGCUGCUUGAAAAAUGUAUUUAAUGUUGUUAACGAUGUUGUCUAAAUUGUUACCCAGUGCCAUACUGUACAUAUACUGUACAAAUCAAAUGUAUAAAUAAGAUAGAUAUGGCUAGAGAAAUUAGGUUUAUAAGAAUCAUACAGUAAAUAAAUAAAAAGAAGUGAUCUGCCAGAUUGACUAAAACAUGUGAUAUUUAAUUACAAAUCCAAGCAUUUAACUUAUAUUACUUCACAGGUAACUUCACAGGUAUGACUAACUAUGAAUGUGAAGAAUGAAUUCCUAGUUUACGCAGUAAAGGGAGUAACACAGGAAUGUGAAGUUCACAUACUGUACCUCUCUGAGCUAAAGACAAAAAAAAAAAUGCUGAAAACUGAAAAAAAUGAGAAAGAAUUACAUUAAUGUUUGGUAUGCUUUGGUUUAGCUUUAACGUUACUUAAAAUUGGAUUUUUGCCAAUGUUCUUCACAAUUAUCAUAGUUUUGUAUUAAAUAGAUAUAUUAUAGAUACCUGGGAUAUAAUUAAAAAUAAUUUAAAAUGAUUUAAUUUUAAAUAAUUAAAUAAGCUGAAGAAUUUUAUCUCCAAAAAGUUUAUAUUAGUUUAUUACUGAAUCUGAACUAUUACAAGAUGACCAAUGAGGCUAGCAACGGCUUCAUCCAAUAGUUUCCUCUGGAAGUUUAAAACAUUAAAGCAUGACCAACAAAACAGGAGAAAUUAACCCCAAAAUGGUAACUGGAUAAUCAUUCACGUUGGGUUUCAAUCCAUUCACUUUUCAAAACGUUUUAAUAUAAAAAUUUUAGGUCUAUGAAAUAAAAAAAAGUUGCGUGUUAGUGUUUAGAGUAAGAAGUGUUCAUAUAACACAAAGCAAAUUUAUAGCAAGAGUCUUGAUUAUAGUCUGAUCAGAUAUGAGGGUAAAGGUCAGGAGUUACCGUAAGUAAACGAACCAAAACAAAACUACCUUUAUUCCAGUGCUUUUUUAAUGCUAACAUUAGAAUUAGUGAAGACGAUCACUAAUUAGACCAUAAACUUUUGCUGACUUCUUGUCAUUUUAAGAAUUUUUUGUAAUGUACUCUUUGGUUCAAUCAAUUUCUUCCUUUUCAACUAAAUUUUAAUUACCUUUUUUAUCUAUUUCCACAAAUUCACAAUCUGACGCUGACCCAAACUAAUCACAGCAUUCUGAGUACAUUAGUCGUGAGUGUAGAGGUAGCUAACAACAUUAACAUAUACAUACUGUAUAUAUACACGUACAGUAGAUGUGUUUUCUUAUUUAUGUCCCUCUAAAGUCAGAGGAAAAAGAGCAAACAGUGGGGUAGGAACCCGGGUUCG